GCAAAACAGAUGCCAACACGAAUCAGCGACAGAGGACGUCAGCGAGUUUGUCCGAAGGUAGGAGUCUAGUCCCCGGCAGAAAAGACCGAUAAGACAAGGCACAAACAACAACGACACACCUAGACGGCCCUAGUUUGUAAGAUCGAGAGUUAACCUUGUUGUCUCCUCAUCCAGAGGGUCAAAAGAAAAUCAGUCAGCUCAGCAGGUGGCAGACAUCACUAUGGCCCAAGAGACCAAUCAGAGCCCGGUUCCUAUGCUCUGUCCUACUGGCUGUGGUUUCUAUGGCAACCCUAGGACUAAUGGCAUGUGCUCGGUGUGCCACAAGGAGCACCUGUCAAGACAGAACAAUGGAGGAGUCAGCACUUUGAGUCCUCUGGGCAUCAGCGGUGGCUCCACAGCUGAAGUGUCUGCCAUCCAGAGGUUAGAGGCCACUUUGAAUAAUGCUGCAGCUGCAGCAGUUGCUGCUGCAGAAGUUGCAGCUGAGGCCGCCGCGUCUGCUGAGGCUGCAGCUGCUGCUGAUGCUGCUGAUGCUCUCAGUGGAGGGUCAACCGCGAUUUCUGUAACACAACAGAUGACUGAGAUGAGUCUCUCUUCUGAGGGGAUAGGAGCAUCAGGAAGCAAAGUAGAGCUCAAUGAGCCAGUGUUGGUUCAGCCCUCAUCCUCAUCCUUGCAUCCCUCCACUGCUGGCAGUGAAGAGUCCAAUGCCCAAGAGCCCCAAAAACCCAAGAAGAAUCGCUGUUUUAUGUGCCGCAAAAAGGUUGGCCUUACAGGUUUUGACUGCCGCUGUGGGAAUAUAUUCUGUGGAAUUCAUCGUUACUCCGACAAACACAACUGUCCGUAUGACUACAAAGCCGAAGCUGCUGAUAAAAUCCGCAAAGAGAACCCUGUGGUUGUUGCUGACAAGAUCCAGAGAAUAUAACUUUGAACACUGGGAAGAAUCCAAUGUACACAAUGGACUUGAGCCUGACCUUCUUCCUUAAGGAUUUUUUCUUUCUCUCUCUCCCCCCCCCCCCCCCCGUGAUUGUUUCAGGACUUUCCCCCAGUGCAUGAGAGUUCAGUUUCAUAGUUUAAGCUUUUAUUCUUGUUUGUGUGCAAGUUAAAAAAAAAAUAUGUGAAAGGUUGUGUUGAACAAACAAAAUAUGUAUGUGAGGACUGGAGACGUGACCGAGGAAGACUUCAGAAGAAGAAAAAAUCAGUUAUCCUUUGAGAUAAAGUGCUGUUGAGGUCUAUUUUGUGAUCCUCCGGAGGUCACUUGAACUCUGCCUGGAAGGAGCUCCGACACUUGGGCCUGUUUGGACUCUUGACUGUUACUGCUGUUGGCUGAUUGUGCCGUGUCAGCCGUGCUUGCUCUCUGCUGGCUUGAGUAGCAAAAAUGUUUUCCUUUUUCUCUGCGUGGCCACAGUCUAACCCGCUCCAUUUUUGUCACACUUAACGACCUGGUAAGUUUUUAUCAUCUGAGAAGCUUCUCUGUGCCGCUGGGAUCUGAUUCACCCUGUUCCCCCUUUCAGAAAAGAGACUUUGAAGAAGAGAUUAUGUUGCUAUCUUUUUUUUAAUCUCACUGGCUCAUAAUCCUUCCUCCUUGCUGUUUGUGCGGCACAAGAAUCACCUAGUUUGACCCUUAACUUGUUUUGUCCUCUUGUUGAUCCUGAGCUGAAUGCUGUGACUCGCUCUGUGCCGUGGAUCUGGACUGCAGGCUCGUGUAUCUCCUGCAUUGUAGGUCUUAAAAACCCAUCCACUGAAAUUACAAGACAAUGCACGUCGCCCGACUGUUUUUUUUCUUCUUUUCGGUAAUAUUUGUUUCAUGUUAUUUUUGAUUUGCAGAACGUGGUGUGUGUAUGCUGUGUGUUGUUGUAUGACAAGUAGCCCAAACUUGUAUUAAUUUUUUGCCUUUGGAAGGGUUUAGCUCCACUAACAUUUUCAUCUUUUACUUCACUGUUGAAUGUUUUCCUACGUUUUUAAUGUGAGGUGACAAAUUCACAAGUUUGGAAGUGUUGGAUUGUUCAAACACAAGUGUGUGUGUGUGUGAGGACCGUGUAUGAGAUAUUGUGUGAGGCUAAUUGGUUGUGUUGCCGCAAUGACUUAGUGAGACAUGUGGUUGUAGGUUAUUAAUAAUUUUCAGUCUGGCUGCUUAAUCAGUUUGUUUUGUUUUUUAUCCUUUAGUUAUGCAAGUUUGUACAAACAUCUUUAUUUAUAUACUGCAGUGCGCAUAAUCCUCCAAUAAAACAGAAAUAAAUGUAUGAUGUAAAUAAAUUAUGUUCACAAAUAUAUAACCAGGAGUUCA